CUCUUCACCGGAAGUAGACAUCGGCCCAGUCUGUCAGUAUGCUCCGUGGCAUUCUGCUACACAGCCUGGAUCCAACUGGACAGUCUGGACUGUAACAGCUGCUGUGGGCUCAGACACACCCGGACAAAGACCGGAUCAGUUUCUCACAGGUGGUCAUCUCAGGAUUCACACAAGACAAAUGUAUACGAACAAGUCGAAGCCAACAAACCAGACCAGCACGGUGACAUGAUGACAGAUUUGCCCCCCAGGCCUCUGAAAUGAUGUGCGGUGGCACAUUGCAGCGGAUGUAAUCCAAAGGGAAAGGGAAUGAAGACUUGUCAGCAGCAGCCUUUAUGCUAGAGUGAUGCCCAGGCGGGGGUUCCCACUCCAGGGCCGGGUCCGCUGGCUCUUCCUGGGCAUCUUCCUCCUUCUGGUGCUCAUGCUUUUUGCAUACCUCCUGGAGUGCACCCCUCCUGCAGAUGCCAGCCUGGUCCUGCCAGGCUUAGCAGGCGAGACCUAUGGCAAGGAGUACUACCAGGCCCUCCUGCAGGAACAGGAGGAGCGUCACCUAAACCGUGCUGCCAGUCUCAAGCGCCAGAUCGCCCAGCUCAAACAGGAGCUGCAGGAAAUGAGCGAGAAGCUAAAACUUCUGCAAGACAAGAAAGAGCUCCCCGGGGUGCAGGGCUUGACCGAGACUAAAGACCAGGAGCCAGGAGACCUGCUGGAGUACCUGCACUCACAGAUUGACAAAGCUGAGGUCAACACUGCGGCACGCAUCCCCAGUGAGUACGCUCUGGUGCCUUUUGAGAGUUUCACCCUGUCCAAGGUGUACCAGCUGGAGAUGGGACUGACACGGCACCCUGAGGAGAAACCUGUCCGCAAAGAUCGCAGGGACGAGCUGGUAGAGGUCAUCGAGGCAGCGCUGGACAUCAUCAACAACCCUGAUGAAGAGGAUGGAGUUGAGGAAGACAUGCCAAUGCAGAGACAAACGUACACAGAGAGUCACUUUGCUGAAGGACUUUACAGGACCGAGCGAGACAAGGGGACGCUCUAUGAGCUCUUCUUUGCCAAAGAGGAAUCCAGCAGCUUUCGUCACGUCACCCUCUUCAGGCCGUUUGGUCCCCUGAUGAAAGUCAGGAGCACAUCUUUAGAAACAUCCGAACUGAUCAUUAACAUCAUUGUGCCUCUGGCAGGCCGGGUAGACACUUUCUCACAGUUCUUAAACAACUUCAAGGAGGUGUGCAUACAGCGGGACAGACAAGUGCAUCUCACAGUGGUUUAUUUUGGACAGGAAGGUCUACAGGAGGUGAAGUCCUCAUUGGAAAAACUCUCCAGGGAAGAGAGAUUCCCUAAUUACACUCUGAUCCCCGUGGAUGAAGAGUUCUCUCGUGGACGAGGUCUAGAUAUCGGAGCACAUGCCUGGAAGAAAGGGGACGUCUUAAUGUUUUUCUGUGAUGUUGACAUCCAUUUUACUCUGGAGUUCCUCAACACGUGUCGUCUCCAAACUGCUCCAAAUAAGAAAGUCUUCUAUCCAGUCGUGUUCAGUCUGUACAAUCCUGCUGUAGUCUAUGGGAACAUGGAGCUGGCUCCUCCCAUUGAACUCCAACUGAUUCACAAGAAAGACGCUGGAUUCUGGAGGGAUUUUGGUUUUGGAAUGACUUGUCAGUAUCGCUCAGAUUUCCUCAACAUCGGUGGGUUUGAUCUAGAGGUCAAAGGCUGGGGUGUGGAAGACGUCCACUUAUACAGGAAGUACCUCCGGAGCGACCUGAUAGUGAUCAGGACGCCGGUGUCCAGUCUCUUCCACAUGUGGCACGAGAAGCAGUGUGCGGACGAGCUGACGCCGGAGCAGUAUCGCAUGUGCAUCCAGUCCAAGGCGAUGAACGAGGCGUCCCACUCUCACCUGGGCAUGCUGGUCUUCAGAGAGGAAAUCGAGUCUCACCUCCGCAAGCAGGCUUACAAGACUCAGAGCAAAGCAGAGGACUGAGCCGGCUCCGACAUAUCCAUACAUUUGAUCACCUUAACACUGUGAGGUGCCGACAUCGUCACCGCACGACAGCAAAGACCUGUUUACGUGGAUCUCUCUGCAUUUCACCGCACAGUCACAGACAAAUGAAUGUAAAAAAUCAAACGUGGAUCAAUGUGAAAAUUCUACACACGGUACAGAGCGGAGCAGCAGCAGACAUGAGCGCUCCAACAGUUAACUUUAACCCUCUCUGUGUUGAUUUAUCUGAUGGAAUUAGACUGAUGUUGUGUUUUCUGUAUGAACUAAACUCAAGGCGCACGCUGGCGUUAUGGAGGGAGACAGAACUUCUCAUGAUGCCUGCUUCAAACAGCUCCUUUAUCAUUUUGACUUUUCUAUUCAUUACUUUCUUUAACUGCUACAUGUAACCUCUGAAGCUCGCUCAGCUGAUUCCUCCUCCACAGAGAGGCACCCAGCUCUCAACAUGUAAAAACUUUACUAACAGAUCAUUCGAGCGCAUAAGAACAAGCUACUUCCUAUUGAUUCCAACUUUUUUGCAAACUAGAGAUCAAAGCAGCGAUGUAUUGUUGCGACUGAGUUAUUGAGUACCUGUUUUAUAUCGAUGGUUUCAGAGUGAUGUGGAACAAUCUGUGUUUCAUGACGAUUGUUUACCUUUUCUCUGGUUUCUUCUUCAGGUCGGUAAAUGAGAUGUAGUCCUGCAGAGACGUGUAUGUGGACUGUUAUUAUUAUUGUUCUUGACUUAAUGUCACUCGAGUCCAGAGAGACGAUUCACAACACUCUGACUCUUAAUGCUGAGAUUGUAUGAGGCUGAAUAUCACAGCCGUACAUGUACAUACUUUUCUAAUAAGGCUUGUUCUAUACAUACGAGUUAAAUACUUUGGUUGUACGUGCCUACAUGCUUGCCGUGAUAGGAGAUCUCAAAGCUUUGCUAACUGUUGUAGGUCAUAAUUUUAUUCCGUCUUGUUAGAAGAGAGGAUGAUAGCUGAACGGUUCAGUCGGUGAGGCUGAAACUCUUUACAGAAUGGGCAAGAGGUGCUUUAUUUUUCUCACCAUUAAAGCAUGUCAUUCUCCUC